GUCUACUUUCGCUUUCGUUUGGUUGACAACUUUUUUAAGGAACAAACUCUACACGUAUUCGGGAAUUUUAAGAAUCUUUUCUAAAGAAGAAUGGCUACACCAAGCAAAGCUGGUAAUCUUCGUUUUAUUGAUCAGGAGGAAGAUAAACCAAAGACAAAGACAAAUGCUAGUUCUGGAGUGGAGGAAGUCAUUGAAGGGGAUGAAGCCGAAAAAAUUAUGUUCUUUUUUACCAAAGAGGUAAACGAUGAAGUAGAAAAAUACAAUUUCAAAAUUGAGCGACUUUCUAAGCCACUAGAAAUAAGGAUUAGUGGGAAAAUGGAAGACAAAAAUAUUUUACAAUCAGUCUUGGAAAGAUGGAAAAAUCUUGCAUCUGAAAAACUCGUAAACAGAGUGAUACUCGGAAAUGAUGAACAAUCAUUCGAAAAUGUCAAACACAUAAUCAAAACAUACAAACUCACAGCAAAAGUAUUGCCAAUUCAGUCCGAAUCAAAAAAGGAAUUAGUAAGAAUAUUUAGUCGAAACUUACUGGAUUUAAACGAUGUUGAGAAUGCAUAUAAAAAUCCAAAAAAUGCUCUAGCUGAACAUCCCUCGUCACAAGCAGUAGCUAGUGUAAAACAGAGAAGUUAUAAAGCAAAGAAAGAAGAAGAAAAAAUAGGCUCAUUUAAUCGAAUCGAGUCUGACGUCAAGUAUCAGUUUCGCACAAAACAAGGCUUGAUCAUCAAAUUAUACCAAAAACCCAUCACAAGAUUGAAUGUUGAUGCAAUUGUUAAUGCAGCUAAUGAUAGGUUAGCUAAUAUUGGUGGAGUGGCUGAAGUUAUAGAAAAAGCUGCUGGUCAAAGAAUGAAAAGAGAAUGUGAAACCAUUAUACGGAGGCAACGUAAAAUCAGUGAUGGCUUAAAUGUAGUAACAACAGCUGGAGAUCUUCCUUACAAGGGUGUUAUCCACGCAGUUGGCCCUAGGUGGCAUGAUAACAACUAUACUGAAAAGAGUAGCUGUCUAAAAGUACUUUCUACUACCAUUUUCCACAUUCUUGAAACUGCGGAAGAUGAAGGUUACAGAACGGUUGCAAUGCCUCCAAUAAGUUCUGGAAUAUUUGGUGUACCAAAAGAGAUGUGUGCAGCCAUGUACUUAAAAGGUAUUUUUGAGUUCAGCGAGCAAAACAAGUUUGAAUCACUACAAGAGUUUCACAUAAUAGAUAUUAGUGAUGAAGUCUUAGAAAUGGUGGAGAAUUGGCAUAAAAAGUUUGAAGACAACCCAAAAUGUCUUGACGUUAAUUUAGUUUGCAGGCAGACUGGUCAGGGGGGUAACAGAUUUUCUGGGUCAUAUGGAAAAGGAGACAACAAAGGAAGGCAUAGACCAGAAAGUGCAUCUAGACCAGAAAGUGCAUCUAGACCAGAAAGUGCAUCUAGAUUUUCAGACAAUAGAAAGGGGCACGAAAAAAGGGACGUAAAACACGAUCACGAUAAAAUGGAUGUAAAAUACGACCACGAUGGACAUGCUAUUAUUGUCAGUAAAGAUAGAGACAAGUUUAUUCUAAGGUUUGAUAAAACUGAUAUACUUAUUUACAAGGCUGAUGUAUUAACGUUAAGGAACAUUGAUGUGAUUGCUGUAAGUGAAGAUUCAGAAAUAAGUGGAAAGGGAGUAUUAUCCAGAGUAUUAUUAGAUGCUGGAGAUGAAAAAUACAGAUCAGACCACAAAGGUCUUCGAAGAUGGAUUGGCAUGAAACAUUCAACAGGAAAAGUGUUAAUGACGACGGCAGGUGGAAACUUUUCUUUUCGACACGUUUUGCAUGCUGUUAUUCGUAGACAAGGGGAUCAUAUGGAGCACAUGUUUCAGAAAACUUUGCAACAAACAUUCAGCCAAAUUUUAGAUUCGGCAAACAAGUUGGGUUGUCCCAAUAAGGAAACUAAAAGAAGACAUGGAAUCAAGCUGGCGCUUCCAUUGCUUGGGACAGGUACACACAAGGACAAAGAAACCAUCUUGAAAUGCGCAUGGACGGCUUAUGAAGCAAUUUCGAAGUUUCUUCUGGCAACGAAAGAAGUGAAUAUAACUGAGAUUCAUAUCAUUGAUAACAAUGACUACAUUAUUAAAAACGUGGAAAGUGCGUUUGUUCCAUCCGGAUCUGGACGUCGCCCUCCUCCUACUCCAAAGCCUGAUUUUAAUAAGAAUCCAAAAGAACAUUAUGAUGCACCUAAAGGAAAAAGAAUCAUUACAUGGAAAAUGGAUAGUCAAGGCCAGAAAAAGGCAGAUUUCUCAGAAUUCAUGAAAAGUCGUUCAAAACAGGCAAAAAUGGGAAAUUUGGUUAUACAUGGAGACGACGAAUUACCGGUAGGAGACGAGAACUGUGUUAUAUGUUUAUGUGAAUUCGAUGAUCCAGUAGAACUAACCAAAUGUAACCAUGUAUUCUGUAAAGAAUGUAUUACAGAAGUAUUUAGAUCAAAACCAUCUUGUCCUGUUUGUACAACAGUUUAUGGUGUAGUGUUUGGAGAUCAGCCAAGAGAGGGUAAAGCAACAGUUUAUGAGGAAGAGGAUCCAUUGCCAGGCUAUAGAGAGAAGACCUAUGCCAUUUAUUAUGAGUUUGAACCUGGAGUACAAAAGGAUUUUCAUCCAAAGCCAAAAACACCAUAUGAAGGAAUGAAAAGACGAGCAUUUUUACCCAAAACAAGAGAAGGAACUGAGGUAUUGGAGCUUCUAGAAAAGGCGUUUAAACAAGGCUUAACCUUCACUAUUGGUACGUCACGUACAACUGGAAAAGAAGGUGUGAUCACAUGGAAUGAUAUUCAUCAUAAGACCUCUAGAAAAGGUGGACCAGAAAAGUUUGGUUAUCCCGAUCCAGGUUAUCUAUCCCGCGUGAAAGAAGAGCUUGCAUGCAAAGGAAUAACUUCGGACAAGUAGUUUUGACUAAAUUGCAAACAUAUAAUCAUUAGCACGAAUUUAAAAAAGAACUGCACCAAAUUAUGUUAUUUUCAAUUUUCAUAACAGCGUUUUAUUUGUAAUAUUAUUUGACAUGUUGUAUGGGUCACUGCCAAUCAUUGUGAGAUGGUUCUAAUAUCUACUGUGAUAAAUCCUCUUCAACUGCAAACGUUGGGAAUGUACAUUCUGCUUCGGAUCGUUGAUAUAAAUGCAAAUCUAUUAUAAAAGAGGGACGAAAGAUACCAGAGGGACAGUCAAACUCAUAAAUCCAAAACAAACUGACAACGCCAUGGCUAAAAAUGAAAAAAGACAAACAGACAAACAAUAGUACACAUGACACAAAAUAGAAAACUAAAGAAUAAACAACACGAAUAAGAUGUGUUUCUAUAAAAGCACUAGUCUUGUCGAUAUUAUUAAGUAAGAUAAAAAUAAAAAUAAAAAAUAGGUUAAAGAAAAUGUUCAAAAUGUAAACAUAACUGGCUACUUUGACGAUGUUUUUGAAAAGUGCUCAUAAUUGUCAUCACUUUUUAUAAACGUUUGACUGAAAUAUAUUAUAUAUAUCCAGAAUCAUUACUUUGUUUUCCAACAGGAUGUUAGAUGUUUAAUUUGUAUGUAAGCACAGGUUUAACGUCAUUUUAUACCAGGUUGUUUUGCCUCGUACCAUGAAUGAUAUUUGUUAUUAGAAAUAUUUAUUGAAUUCUUCUUUAUACUUUUUAAUCUUCGGUUGUUUUUUUUUGUGUAUUAUUUUUUCGACAUACAUAUUUAUUGUAAAAACAAAAGUUUUUUGUAUAUGUAUAUAAACUAAUCAUAGAUUACUGAUACCAGGACUAAAUAUUAUAUACAAAAUGUAUACGCCAGACGCGCGUUUCGUCUACAAAAGACUCAUCAGUGACGCUCGAAUCCAAAAAAGUGUAAAAAAGCCACAUAAAGUUCAAAGUUGAAGAGCAUUGAGAUCCCAAAUUUCUAAAAAGUGUUGCCAAAUACAGCUACGGUAAUCUAUGCCUGAGGUAAGAGAAUGAUUAUCACUUUCUUCGUGAUUUAAAGUACGAGCGAAUUUAAAGCGUUAGUUACAGUAAUGUAUAUUUGAAAAUAAAUAACGAAAAAAACACAAUGGUGAUAACUGUUUGCGCUUGCAUGAACAGUUUAUGUUCCUUAAAAAGUAUGCAUUUCUUUUGUAGUAACUUAAUGGAAUAUUUUACUCGGAAGUGCAUGUGUAUUUGAAAGGAAAAAUCAUUAAGGAAAACCUAUUUGUUGAACAAGGAUAUUUGUUUAUAUGAUGUUAUUAUAUAGAUAAUAAUACAUGGCAAAAUCCGUAUCAUAUGUCGUAUCAUCCAGAGACACCAAUAUCAGCUUAAGGGCUUGUAAGCCCGAGGGCAUGUGAUACGGAUUUUGCCACGUAUUAUACAUGUUAUACACUUUAUCAUAUAUUUCAACAGGAGAGUUCUAUUAUAUCAACUGUUUUCUGAUCUAUAGUACUGGGUUACCUUUAGUUCUGCUUUUGUCUUGUUUUGAAAGCCUUUAAUGAACUGCUCAAUUACUUAUCCGAAGCACCUGGAUUACCUUACAAUUUGCGUUCUGUUGUUUUAAACAUAUUUUGUUUAUUAUUGUACUUUUUGGUGUGUUGUGUACUUUUUAUAGUUGCAUCUAGUGUGCCAAAAUAUAUGAAAACUUGACGUUCGUGACGUCACAAGUAGGAAUGUGAUAGAGGGUAUGCGAUAAAGGGAAGGAAUGUUAACUUUAGGGUAUGCGAUAAAGGGUGCGCAUCAAAGUUGCGCGAUAUGGAUUAAACA